CAACAUCCGGCGUCGCCCCUGCUUCCUGUACCUAGCUUACAGCAGCUUCAUGUUUCAACACUUGCCGGAUAGUUUUGCCUCUUUUAGAGCUGUUUUUUUUUUAUGACAGCCAGGCUUCAGCUCUCUUCUGCUCGACUCUUUUUGGCUCGUUACACCUCCGACAGACGCUGAAGAAAUGACUUUACCGUCGAGGAUUCAGCUCGUUUGAGUCGCUGGACACUUUGGAGCCCGUUUGACUGAAAGUGAACCGCUGACUGUCACCAUGAGAAGCAGGAGCAACUCCGGGGUGAAACUGGACAACUAUGCCCGGAUUGUGCAGCAGACUAUCCUCAGGCACCAGGAUCCAGUGACGGGUCUUCUGCCAGGCACCCCGGAUCAGCCUCACUCCUGGGUCAGAGACAAUGUUUACAGCGUGGUGUCGGUGUGGGCCCUCAGUCUGGCCUACAGGAAGAACGCCGACAGGGACGAGGACAAGGCCAAGGCCUACGAGCUGGAGCAGAGCGUGGUGAAGCUAAUGAGAGGCAUCCUCCAGGGUAUACUGAGGCAGCUGGAUAAGGUGGAGAAGUUUAAAUACAGCAGAAGCACCUCGGACUCGCUGCACGCCAAGUACAACACCAGGACCUGUGCCCCCGUCGUCGGGGACGACCAGUGGGGUCACCUACAGGUCGACGCCACCUCGCUCUUCCUGCUCUUCCUUGCUCAGAUGACGGCGUCCGGUCUCCACAUCGUCUACACCCAGGAUGAAGUGGACGUCGUUCAGAAUCUCAUGUUCUACAUCGAGGCAGCUUACAAAGUGGCUGAUUACGGGAUGUGGGAGAGAGGAGACAAAACCAACCAGGGCAUCACUGAGAUUAACGCCAGCUCGAUAGGCAUGGCCAAGGCGGCUCUGGAGGCUUUGGAUGAACUCAACCUGUUCGGGGCGAAAGGAGGACCAGGAUCUGUGGUCCACGCCCUGGCUGAUGACAUACAGCACUGCCAGUCCAUCCUGACGUCCAUGUUACCCCGAGCGUCCAUGUCCAAAGAGGUGGACGCCGGCGUCCUGGCUAUCAUCUCAUAUCCCGCCUUUGCUGUUGAGGACAUGAGCAUCGUCAACAUGACCAAGGAGGAGAUCAUCUCUAAACUGCAGGGUCGAUACGGCUGCUGCAGGUUCCUCAGAGACGGACACAAAACACCAAAAGAGGAUCCAAACCGUCUGUACUACGAGUCUGCAGAGCUGAAGCUGUUUGAAAACAUCGAGUGUGAGUGGCCGCUCUUCUGGACCUACCUCAUCCUGGACGGCAUCUUCAUCAACAGCCCCGAACAGGUGACGGAGUACCAGGAGGCUCUGGAGGGAAUCCUGAUCAAACAGAAAGACGGGAUACGACUGGUGCCGGAGCUCUACAGCGUCCCUCCAGACAAGGUGGAGGAGGAGUACAUGAACCCUCACUCUGUGGAGAGGAUCCCGAUGGGUAAACUACCUCUGAAGUGGGGACAGUCUCUGUACAUCCUGGGAAACCUCCUGUCCGAGGGAUUUCUCGCUCCGGGAGAGAUCGACCCUCUGAACCGACGGUUCUCCACCAUCCCCAAGCCCGACGUGGUCGUACAGGUGUCGAUUCUGGCGGAGACUGAGGAGAUCAAACAGCUGCUGUUGGAGAACGGGAUCGAGGUGGAGACCGUCGCCGACAUCCAUCCCAUCCACGUGCAGCCGUCCAGAGUCCUGAGCCACAUCUACGCCAGACUCGGUCGUAACCCGAGGCUGGGUCUGACGGGGCGGCCCUGCAGGAGGAUUGGAGUUCUGGGAACCUCCAAGUUCUACAUCAUCAGAAACACCAUGUUCUCAUUCACACCUCAGUUCAUCGACCACCAGCAGUUCUACUUGGCGUUGGACAACAAGAUGAUUGUGGAGAUGUUGAGGACAGAAAUCGCCUACCUCGCGUCCAGGUGGAGGAUGACCGGACGACCCACCGUCACUUUUCCCAUUUCACAGACUAUGUUGACUGAAGACCACACAAACCUGGACCCUGCAGUCUUGGCUACACUGAAGAAGCUGCAGGAUGGAUAUUUUGGAGGAGCGAGGAUCCAGACGGGGAAGCUGUCGGAGUUCAUGACCACUUCCUGUUUCGCUCACCUGAGCUUCCUGGACGGUAAGGCUUCUGGCAGCAUGAGCCGCCACGACGAAGCGUAUGAUGCUGCUGAUGAUGCUGAUGAUGAGCGUGACGGCGAUGGAUACGUGCAUGAGUUACGUUGUGAUGAUGAGGCCGACGACCUCGCUCAGUACCUGGACCACCUGUUGGCUCACUCCGCCCCCAAGAAGGCCAAGCGUCCGGCGAAAGGAGGUCUGGGGAGGUUCAAGGCCCUGGCCACAAAAACCAAGGAGAUGGUGUCCCUGAAGAACAAGGCUCAGGACCUGGGCGUUCAGAAUGUCAACAUGUACCUGUCGAACAAGCUGUUCCGCUCCCCUCAGCCUUCCCUCAACCUGAACCUCCCAGAACCGUCUGCACAGCAAGACUCUCAGGCUCCACAGGUGUCGGUCACAUCGGAGAGCGGCAUCCCGAGAGACGCCAGCGGAGCCAUCGACUACAACGCGUUGGCCCAGCUGCUGAAAGACACGCAGAGUCUCCAGGACCAGGCUGAUAUCCUCUACAUCCUCUUCAAAGACAAGGGGAUGGAGUGGGACACGAAUCUGCACGGUAAAGGCUCGACGGUCCGGACUCUGCUGACAGACCUUUACGAGAAGGCAGGUGAGCUCAAACACUGGGGCCUCAUCAGGAUGAUCUCCGGCAUGCUGAAGAAGAAGGUGGAGGAGCUGGACUCGGCCUGCUCCGAUUUGCUGGCUCACCAGAAGCACCUGACCGUGGGUCUUCCCCCCGAGCCCAGAGAGAAAACCAUCACGGCUCCCAUCCCUCCAGACCAGCUGGCCGUGCUCAUCGACGAGGCCAGUGACAACAACAUCAGCGUGGCCAUCCUCACUCAGGAGCUCAUGGUGUACCUGGCGAUGAGCAUCAGGACUCAGCCCAACCUGUUCAGUGAGAUGUUCAGGCUGCGUAUCGGCCUCAUCAUCCAGGUGAUGGCCACCGAGCUGGCUCAGUCGCUCAACUGCUCAGGAGAGGAGGCCACGGAGAGUCUGAUGAGCCUGAGCCCGUCAGAACUGAAGAAUCUCCUCCACCACAUCCUCAGCGGCAAAGAGUUCGGCGUGCAGCGCAGCGUCAGAGAGCUGGACGCCGGCGUCAGUCCCGCCAUCUCCAUCCAUCACCUGGGCAACGUGGGCGCCACCAAGAGCGAGAGAGCCGGCAUCAGCAAACUGAAGAGCGACAUGAAGAUGCUGGAGCACAGGUUGUCUCUGACGGAUCCCAGUAAGGUGACGAUGGCGGAGCACAGGUUGUCGUUGACGGACCCGUCUAAGGAACCCAGGUUGUCUCUGACAGAUCCGGCUGCAGAGCUCGACCCGUCACUGUCCUUCCGUCGCAAGAGCAUGCGAUCUCAGUCUCUGGACAUAGAGAACAUUGAAUCCGGGAGGUACAGGCUGCCGUCCAUUGAGUCUCUGGAUAUUCCGGAGAGCAUCCCGGCCGUUAAGGACACCAGACAAGGCCAGUGGCUGCGCAGGAGGCGUCUGGACGGAGCUCUGAACCGAGUCCCCGUGGGCUUCUACCAGAAAGUCUGGAAGAUCCUGCAGAAGUGCCACGGUCUGUCCAUAGAAGGGUUCGUCCUCCCGUCCUCCACCACCAGAGAGAUGACGCCCGGAGAGAUCAAGUUCUCCGUCCACGUGGAGACGGUCCUGAACCGCGUCCCUCAGCCGGAGUACCGGCAGCUGCUGGUGGAGGGCAUCCUGGUGCUCACCAUGCUGGCCGACGUGGACAUCCCGAGCAUCGGCUCCAUCAUCCACGUGGAGAAGAUCGUCCACCUGGCCAACGACAUGUUCUACAAGGAUCAGAAGGACCUGGGGGCCGAGGAGCACAUCCUGGAGAGGGACCCGUCCACCGGCGUGUGCAGGCUGCUGUACGACAGCGCCCCCAGCGGCCGCUUCGGGAGCAUGACCUACCUCACCAAGGCCGUGGCGGCGUACGUGCAGGACUUCCUGCCCAGCGGGUCGUGUGCGGUGCAGUGAGGGGAGCUGGUGGAACCACCAAGACAAGAUGAAGCUAAAAUCUGCAACAUUUCUCACCGUAGAACAGCAAUAAAUUAACAGAACAGGAGGAGGAUCCGAUACAUAUUAUCACUGUGUGUGUGUGCACGAUAAAAUACGGAAAUAUAAUGACUCAGAAAUAAUUGCGAUGAACGAUAGUUGAUAAAGAGCAAGUAACUUUAAACUCUUUGAGUAAAAAAGAUUCAGAAUUUGGAAGAAAAAGCUACUGACGCUCUUUCGUUGGAACAAAUACAAACAUUUUCCAAAUAAAAAUUUAAAGAACAAACAACAAACCAGCGAAAACGUGACGAUCAUGACCGGCCGAGUUCAGAGACACAUGUUACAUUAUCUUUCAUUUACGUGAAAAUCUGGUCAAACUUAAGCAACAAACUCAUAUAAAUAUAUCAAAUACAUCCUAACAAUGAAAGCUUUUUUUUAAUCUUAGGUCAAAACGUUGUGAUUGAUCAGUGUUUCUGUCAAACUGUAGCAGCAGCAGCUCAGCUUCCUAUCUACAAUGUUACGUACGGGGAAUAUUAAGUUACUUGCCCUGGUUCUGAAAAAGACGAUAUUACUGUAAAGCUGUGCUUGUGCGUAAGAAUACGGACGUUGUACUUUUUGAGGGAAAAUAGUCUCAAAGAAAAGAGCUGUCUGACGCUUGUCUACACGUAAACAGAUUUCUAUUAUUUAGGUGGCUAGAAUACGUCACAUUGCUGUUGGUACCUCAAACUGUAUCUUUCAAGUUUUUCACCGCCGCACUUAUCAACGUCCGUAUACGUAAUAUUAGUGUGCAUGUAAAUGUAGUCAGUGUUAGUGUUGGGGACUAUUUUCUCUUGCGUUAACACACAACCUGCUGCUCUAGUGAGUAUUUACUGAGUGCUCGUGUUUAUCGUAACGCAGUAACAUGUGACCCAGUGUGGUUCUGUGGCAGGUAUUCGACUUUACGUUCAACACCUGAUCAAGUCAUCGCUUGUUUUGGUUUUUGAACGCGACAAAUAUUAAUCUCCGUCCUGGACUUGUGGGUAUAAAUGUGAUCGAACCCUCCACAGAUCAAGUGAGUCACCGCCGAUUAACACAAAACGUGUCAGCCUAAACACAGUUGUCAGACCUAGUUUAUUGCCACACGUGCUUUCGCAUCGCACCUCUUAAAAACUCACUUUACCUCCGAUCCCACAUUGCUGUAUGAUGUAUAAAAUAAUACCAGAUAUUAGAUAAUCUACUAUUUAUUUUGUAGCUCUGAGAUGAUAAUUAAAGAAAGCUAAUGCAGACCAUGUCUUGUAAGAGGACACGGGUCAGUUUGGGAGAUUUCUUCGGGGCCUUAACUCUGUCGCACUUAUGAAACUACAGGUGUGCCGUUUUAUUUUUAACUAUGCAAGACUUGAAGAUGCAGUUGUGGAAGUGAUUUUUUUUAGCACUGAGAGCUCGACUAGUUGAUUUGUUUGAAAUGAAAGCAUGCCGUUGGCGUAGUUAUCUGUGGAUGUGGUGUCUAAUAAGUGCAAUUUUGGAUUUUUGUCCUUGUAAUAAAGGAGUUGCCUUAAUUUACUGUUUGAAGUGUAAUUGCAUUAAAAAAAAAAAACCUAAAACCAUUCACUCACAUCUGCUGUUCUACAUUUUUAUGGACACGUUUCACCUUUAAUGGUUUGCUGCAUGACAUUUUAAGGGAAAUAAAAAGACAUGGAAUUAACACAGGUAAUUCAGUAAGGUGAUAUCUGAAGAUGUGAGCUCCACACUCCAUGUGUACCACAAACAAUCAGGGUCACUUCUCUACGUGAUGUUAAAGUCUGAAAACGAAAUCCAGCCGAACAACUGUGAUGUUUUUGCUGUUUUUGAAACUAAUUCUGUAUUAAAACGGAGAAAACGCUUCGUC